AUGUAUUUCCUCAGCGGCUGGCCCAAGAGGCUGCUCUACCCUAUAGAGGCUCAGGAGCCCCCGCUCGGGAUCCAGGCCGACCCGCAACGGACUUUGUUCGCCGUGUUGUCCCCGUCCCAGCUCAGCAUCUGGUACAACAGGCCCAGUGUGCUAAUUGUAAGCUACAAAGAAACACUAAAAGCUGUGUUGCAAUUUGGACAUUAUGACCAAACUGAAUGGAAGCCUGACAGUACCACAAUAGCUGUUUCGACUGCAAAUGGAUACAUAUUAUUUUUCAAUCUUCUUUCUGUAAGAGACAAAUACCUGUAUGAGCCAGUCUAUCCCAAAGGAAGCCCUCAUCUGAAAGGAACGCCGUAUUAUAAGGAAGAACAAUGUGCUCCAUCAUUAAAUCUAGAGAAGAAACAAGUGCUAGAUUUACAAGCAGCUAUUACCAGUUUACAGUCCAUGCUAGAGGAUCUGAUCAUUGCUACGGCUGAUGGUCUUCUACAUCUUAUUCACUGGGAUGGUUUGACAAAUGGAAGGAAAGCCAUAAAUCUCUGUACAGUACCAUUUUCAGUGGAUCUACAUUCAUCUAGAGGUUCUUUUUUGAGUUUUGAAAAUGUACACAUAAGAAAUAUGGAAUACUGUGCUACUCUUGAUGGAUUUGCUGUAGUGUUUAACGAUGGCAGAGUUGGUUUUAUUACACCAAUGUCAAGUGGAUUCACAGCAGAGCAACUCCAUGGUGUUUGGGCACAGGAAGUUUUUGAUGGGACUUGCGUGGCUGUAAACAACAAGUACAGAUUAAUGGCAUUUGGCUGUGCAAAUGGUUCUGUGCAAGUGUAUACAAUAGAUCAUUCCACAGGGGCCAUGCAACUAUCUCACAAACUGGAACUAACACCCAAGCAAUAUCCUGAUAUUUGGAACAAAACAGGAGCUGUUAAACUCAUCAGAUGGUCUCCAGAUAAUUGUGUUGUUAUGGUGACCUGGGAAUGUGGAGGCCUGUCUUUAUGGAGCGUAUUUGGAGCCCAGCUUAUUUGUACUCUAGGAGGUGACUUUAUUCAUCGAACUGAUGGUACUAAAAAGGACCCUCUAAAGAUCAGCUCUAUGAGUUGGGGAUCUGAAGGUUAUCAUCUAUGGGUAAUUGAUGCAAAUAACUCUGGGAAUUCAAUGACCGAGAGCAAAAACAAAGGGCAACGUUUUGGUAUUUUGCAAUUUCAGUUCAUCAAAAGUGCACUCGCAGUUAAUCCUUGCAUAAGCAACCAGGAGCAGGUUCUCCUUCAGGGAGAAGAUCGCUUAUACUUGAACUGUGGAGAUGUAGUGCAAGCUCAGAACCCUCGAAGUUCCUCAGCACAUGCGGAACCUAAGACUGUCAGAGAAAGAGGCCAAUUUUCAUAUGAGAGCUUAGAUUCUCAGGGCUUAAGCACUUUAUUAGGGCACAGGCAUUGGCAUGUUGUACAGAUUCACAAUAUAUAUUUGGAGAUCAAUUGGCCCAUAAGGUUUUCAGCCAUUGAUAAGAUGGGGCAGAAUGUAGCUGUAGUUGGCAAAUUUGGCUUUGCACAUUACUCUCUGCUUUCCAAAAAAUGGAAACUGUUUGGCAACAUUACCCAGGAACAAAAUAUGACUGUUACUGGAGGCUUAGCAUGGUGGAAUGACUUCAUUGUCAUUGCAUGUUACAACUUAAGUGACCGCCAAGAAGAGCUAAGAGUAUAUUUACGAACAGCCAAUCUGGACAAUGCGUUUGCUCAUAUCACCAAAGUGCAGGCAGAAACAUUAUUGCUCAGCGUCUUUCGGGACAUCAUAAUUUUGUUCAGAGCAGACUGUUCUAUUUGCCUUUAUAGUAUUAAAAGAAAAUCUGAUGGCCCUAAUCCUACUACAAGUAUGCAGGUUCUGCAAGAGGUUUCUAUGUCACGUUAUAUUCCUCACCCUUUCCUUGUGGUGUCCGUUACUUUAACAUCAGUAAGAACAGAGACAGGUAUCAGCUUGAAAAUGCCACAGCAGGCCUGUGAAGCAGAGAGCAUUAUGUUAAAUUUAGCAGGACAGCUAAUCAUGGUACAGAGAGAUCGAUCAGGUCCUCAGAUCCGAGAAAAGGAGAGUAGCCCCAACCAAAGGAAACAUCUGCCAUUCUGUGCUCCUGUUGUACUUGCCCAGUCUGUAGAAAAUGUUUGGACGACGUGCCGUUCUAACAAACAGAAACGGCACUUACUGGAGGCUCUGUGGCUCAGCUGUGGGGGAUCAGGUAUGAAGGUCUGGCUUCCUUUGUUUCCCAGGGACCAUCGCAAACCACAUUCCUUCCUUUCAAGACGGAUCAUGCUGCCUUUCCACAUUAAUAUCUACCCCUUGGCUGUUUUGUUUGAAGAUGCCUUGGUUCUUGGUGCUGUCAAUGACACUGUGCUCUAUGACUGUUUAUACACUCACAGCAGUGCUGUUGAACAUUUAGAGGUCCUCUUCCCCUUCUGUAUUGUCGAGAGAACAUCUCAGAUCUACCUCCAUCACAUUUUACGCCAGCUUUUGGUGAGGAACCUAGGCGAACAAGCCUUGCUUUUGGCUCACUCUUGUGCCGCCCUACCCUAUUUUCCUCAUGUACUAGAACUGAUGCUCCAUGAAGUGCUGGAAGAAGAAGCUACCUCGCGGGAUCCCAUUCCCGAUCCUCUCCUUCCCACUGUGGCUAAAUUUAUUACAGAGUUCCCCCUCUUCCUACAGACUGUUGUUCAUUGUGCUAGAAAAACAGAAUAUGCCCUAUGGAAUUAUCUCUUUGCUGCUGUUGGAAAUCCAAAAGACUUAUUUGAAGAGUGCUUAAUGGCCCAAGAUUUGGACACAGCCGCAUCUUACCUUAUUAUUCUGCAGAAUAUGGAAGUUCCAGCAGUUAGUAGGCAGCAUGCAACUCUGCUAUUCAAUACAGCUUUGGAGAAAGGAAAGUGGGAUCUUUGUCGGCACAUGAUCAGAUUUCUGAAAGCCAUUGGCUCUGGUGAAUCGGAGACCCCUCCUACUACACCAACAACUCAGGAACCUACUUCAAGUGGUGGCUUUGAGUUCUUUAGACAUCGCAGUAUUAGUUUGACUCAAUCUGGAGAGACACUUCCAGCUGGCAAAUUUAACUUGCAAAAAACCUUGAGCAUGCCAUCUGGCCCACCUGGCAAAAGAUUGAGUAAGGAAAGUGAUUGCGCUGAGAACAUGUACAUUGACAUGAUGCUGUGGAGACAUGCUCGGCAUCUUCUGGAAGAAAUCAGGCUUAAGGACCUUGGUUGUUUUGCCGCACAGCUGGGCUUUGAGUUGAUAGGCUGGUUGUGCAAAGAGCGCAACAGAGCUGCUCGUGUGGAGGAUUUUGUGUCUGCCUUGAAGACAUUACACCGUGAUUUUCUUUGGCCAUUUCCCAUUAUUCCAGUGUGCUCUAUAAAUUCACCAUUGAAGAACGGAAAAUGUAGAACAGUAAUAGGUGAACAACUCUUAAAAUCACAGUCUGCUGACAGCUUUUUAAACAUGGAAAUAGACUCCAGCAUCCCAGAUAUGUCAAGGAGUCAUAGCUGGUUUGGUGCCAUCAGCUCCUCCCAAAGAGAGAUGGAUACAGCAUCUUCCCAUGGCCCUCAAAUGCAGGAGGCAUUCCUCUCACCUUUGUUAAGUAAAGUGGGUGACGAGGGGAGCAUUGGCUCUGCCACGGAUCUGACAGAAACAAGCUCUAUUGUAGAUGGAGAUUGGACUAUGGUGGAUGAAAAUUAUUCCACCUGGAGUCUGACACAGUCUGAAUUGGAACAUAUCUCUUUGGAGCUAGCCAGCAAAGGGCCACACAAAUCACAAGUUCAGCUGCGGUAUUUGCUUCAUAUUUUCAUGGAAGCAGGAUGCCUGGACUGGUGCAUGGUCAUAGGCCUAAUCCUUCGAGAAUCUUCAGUCAUCAAUCAAGUGUUUAGUCUGGCGCAAUCUUCAGAGGUUGAUGGGGAAAUGUUGCAGAACAUUAAGAUGGGACUGCAGGCAAUAGAAAGAUGGGCUUCUACAGACUGUCCUGGCUAUAAGCCAUUUUUAACCAUUAUCAAGCCACAACUGCAGAAGCUGAGUGAGAUAUCGGAGGAGCAGGUGCAGCAGGAAGCCUUUCAGUCUGCAAAUCUGUCAAGGGUGGCUGAACAAGCCAGUCCAAGGGCAGAGGAGAACCGGAUUUCAACUAACCACAGCACUAGUCCUCAAAGUGACACUGGUCCUAAUACUUCAAUUCGACCUGAUGAGGACAUGAUUGGAUUGGAAAAGGAAGACCAUCCCCUUCAGGAAGGCAGUUAUGAUUGUACUGUCUCCUGACAGCAUCGAACACGAUAACGGUUUUAGUAAAGCUUCAUAAUGAUGGCAUUGAGGAAUACUGUUUUUGGAAGGAAGUACAGUAAUCAUUUUCCCCAAAAAAACAUAUGUUUAGUUUUGCUUUGUUUCUGUUUUUAAUGAAUACUUUUUUUUUACAUGACUAGAGAAUUUCCUUGAAUUUGUGAAUGCUUUCCCAGUAACUUCCUCAGUUCUUUUGUUGAUCUGAUUGUAUGAAAAGUAGCAAUAUUCAUCUGUAUUCCAAGAAGAUUUAUUUGAAGCUCUUGUAAAGUCUUUCUCUAUUUUCCCUUAAUCAUGCAGAACAUCUACUCCGUAUCACUGUAUAUGAUCUUUAUUGCAUUUUUUAAAUGAAAGAAAAAAAAAUCUUGGAGACCAUUCUAAGAUUUACCCAUCUGCACCAUUCCCCAACCCAAUUUUUGAACCAAAACUUGAACAAGUUGACAAUGAAGCUUGCUGGGAUGAAAUGUUGGUGCAUUCUGUGUAGUUUAAUUGCCUAAAAGAAAUGAUGGCCUGAUUAAGCUAAAUUCUGUUCUAUAAAUUAUGCAGGUAUCACAAAUUUGACAUCACCAAAUACUAUAUAUAUAUAAAAAUUGUAAAAUACAUUGUAUCUUUUGUGAAUACUCUUGUAUAUUUUCAAGUUUACUGUUUAUGCUUUUGCUCCACAGUGUAGGGUAGCUUUAUCUUGCAUGUUUGUACUUUUAACUCCAGGAAAACUAAAAGUAAAAUUGCACUUCUAUCAGAAUGCAACUGACUUUCAUCUGGCAUUAUUUGCAGCUUCAUUUCAUCAUUUAGUCUGUUCAGAUCCAUUCUAAGCAAAAAUAUUUUACAUGAAUUACUGAAUUCUUAUUUAUUUCAAUUGUAAAGAUGCUUUCCUCAAGAUUAUUUUUGUGUAAAUAAAGACCAAUUUAUAUAUUACUGCUAUUAAGACUUUGUAAUGGCAAUGUACAGUGUAUAUAUUAAAGCUACCAUCUUGCUAAUAUUUUAUAAUGCAUACACUUGUAACUAAAAAUGUUUAUUUUAACUUUCAUACAACAAUAUUAUGAAAAACUGGUUGCAGCAGAAUCUCAUGUUUGCUUGAGGUACUUAUUUUUUUCAAUCUGCUGACUCCAGAUUGGUAUUAUAAAUACUGGUGUGUAAUAUUAAAUACCUGUAACAGUAUUAAAAUUUAAAUAUUGUAUGGCUUGUAUUGUGCAGUUGGGGAAAAUGCAACACUACUACUUUUUCUACUGAAACCUAACACUUAUUUUUAUAAUAUGGGUGUAAUUAAUACAUACAUGGACCAAAAUCAUUUAUCUUUUAGGUAGUAUGAGAAUCAGCAUCAGCCACAGUCAAAGUUCAUGAAAUUCUCCUUGUGAAUUCUGAAUGAAUAUAUUAUGAACAGUCAAAAAAAUUGCUUCCUUACCUUAGCAAAUUGAAGGUGAGUCUUGGUCUUCAACUCCCAGAAUUCUCGGCAAUGGUUAUAUUGGCUGUGGAACUCUGGGAGUUGAAGUCCAUAUAACUGGAAUUUGCCAAGUUGGGAAACCCGGUUAAGAGGGUCAGCAAAAAAAAAAUACUGGUUAUGACUUUAUAUAUUUGCUUAGAAAGGCAUGGUGAUGUCUUUUUAUUGAUAAAUGUAAUUAUACAGUUUUUAUUGCUGUUGUGUAACCUUUACUGUUGGUAAGACUAUAAGUAGUAAUACAUGUGCAAUAACUUUUAAAUAAAAUAUAAAGGGGUGGAAAUGACCUAAUUUUUCCAUA